AUGGGCGUUGAACUACCCGAACUGCAAUUUACCUCGCUGGACGAGAUCCCUGCGCACAUCUCCACUACCCGCAAGGCGUUCUUGGAGCACAAGACCCGUGACGUCGAGUUCCGUCUCGUCCAGCUGCGCAAGCUUUACUGGGCCAUCAAGGACCAUGAGGAAGAGAUCUUCGAGGCCUGCGCCCAGGACCUGCAUAAGCCUCGGUUCGAGACCGAGCUCGCGGAGAUCGGAUGGAUCCUGAACGACAUCGUCUUCACCACGCGCAACCUGCACAAAUGGGUCAAGGAUGAAAAGGCCCCCGAUAUCGACCUCAACUUCAAGUUGAUGAACCCCAAGAUCAGAAAGGAUCCCCUGGGUUGCGUGCUGGUUAUUGGUGCCUUCAACUUCCCCUUCCAGCUGACUCUCGGCCCAGUCAUCGGCGCCAUCGCUGCCGGUAACACGGUGGUGAUCAAGCCCAGCGAGAAUGCGCCCCGCAGCGCGGCUGUUAUGCAGAAGAUCGUCGAGGCAGGUCUCGACCCCUCGUGUUACACUAUCGUGCAGGGAGGUGUUCCCGAGACUCAAGCUCUACUUGCCGAACGGUGGGACAAGAUCUUCUUCACGGGCGGCGCCAACGUCGGCCGCAUUAUCGCCAAGGCUGCCGCCCCGCAUUUGACUCCCGUCGUGCUCGAGCUCGGUGGUAUCAACCCGGCUAUCGUGACCAAGUCCGCCGACCCGCGCCUAGUCGCUCGGCGCAUGUUAUGGGGUAAGCUCCUGAAUGCCGGUCAGGUCUGCACGUCGCAGAACUACCUACUCGUCGACAAGGCGCUGGUCGGCCCGGUUGUCGAGGAGUUCAAGAAGGCAUACAAGGAGUUCUAUCCUAACGGUGCCAAGGGCUCGGAGGAUUACUCCAAGAUCGUGAACGAGGCGCACUUCCAGCGUCUUAAGUCCAUGCUUGAUAACACUAAGGGCAAGAUCCUUAUGGGUGGUACUAUGGAUGAGAAGGAGCUCUUUAUUGAGCCUACCGUUGUUCAGGUUGAGUCUGUUGAUGACUCGCUCUGCACGUCGGAGAGCUUCGGUCCUUUCAUCCCUAUUCUUGCUGUUGAUAACUUGGACGAGGCUAUUCAGCUAGCCAAUGGUGUGCAGAGCACCCCGCUUGGUCUGUAUCCAUUCGGCAACAAGGCCGAUGUCGAGAAGAUCCUCGCCGCCACCCGUUCCGGUGGUGUCUCCAUCAACGACGCCGCUCUGCACAUCCCUACCCUGCCCUUCGGUGGUGUCGGCGAGAGUGGCUACGGCGCCUACCGUGGACGUUCCAGCUUCGACGUCUGGGUCCACCGCCGUCCCAUCACCUCCAGUCCUAGCUGGCUCGAGGCUAUCCUGGCUAUCCGCUACCCGCCCUACGGCAACAAGAUCAAGACCUUCAAGGCUGCCAGCGCACUCACACCGGACUUUGACCGUAGCGGUCGUAAGCUGACCUUCGGCUGGUUGCGCUGUCUGUUCACCCUUGGUGGUGGAACCGCAAAGGCCGGUGCUGGUCGUGCUGCUGCUGUUGCUGCCAUUGCCUACAUCGUUCUCCAAGUCCUCGAACGCCGAGCCAAACUGUGA